AUGACUGUUCUGCUGCUGGCUUUCUUUGUCAUUGUGUGCACAGCAUCCGCCCCUGCCUCCCUGUCUCCUGAGGACCACAGCAGAUUAGAUGGGGGCAGGAAUGUCUUGGAAAAAUUCAACAUCUCCAGCCAAGUGGAGGUGUGUAAUGGGUCAAGUGACUGCCCAGAGAACCAGUAUUGCCACUCUACAUCCCUUUCUGCUGAAUGCCGGAAAUGUAAAGAAAAUGAAAUGGACUGUGGGCAAGAUGAAGAGUGUUGCUCAGGGCAGGCAUGCUCUGGGGGAAGAUGUACAAAACGCCUGGUGUCUGGCAUUGGCAGAACAAGAUGUGAUCCUUCAGAAGAACAAUGCCCCCCUGGGUUCUGUUGCUCCAAAACACAA